ACCAAGAAGCGCGAUAGUUAGGGCUUAGCUAGGUUUGGAUUAUUUUUCCAUGUCCAAAUGUUCCAUCUUUGAGCAAUUGAUUCUUGGCUACCGUCUCACUGCACUUUGCCAUUUAGUUGCCCUGUCAAGCCAUUAUGAUAAUUGUUUCGAACAGGUUUGCUCCUCUGAUCAAGUUUCAUUCACAGUUUUACAGGAUCACGCUGAGACCGCAUCAGCAAUUGAUUUUUUCUGUUACUGCCAUGCCUGCCAUGUCCUCAAUACGAUCGAACGUUCGCUGUUCACUUUCACAUCGGAUCAGGAUUGAGACGGCUCGGCGAUUGCCUUUGAUCUGUAACCUUUAUCUCUCGCGGAAAACUGCACUGUCCGUCGACGAAACCAGUAUUGCAUCAAAUCGAGGCUAAUCGUCCUGUGUUUGCGCGCCCACCCAGCUGGUGCCCCCUGGCACGUUCGUGGAGCUAGCAAGGUGUGAGACGGCAAGCUUAGCAUGCCUCACUUAGGCUUACGG